AAUUGACGUGCAAAAAAUGGUUCAAUAUUUUUAGAUUUGAAGGCUCGAUGUCUAGUUGUUCGACUUUUUAGUACAAGGUUUAGUUUGUUUUGUUUACACUUUAUUACUUGGUUACGGCGAUUCCCAAACUUUCUAUGCAGUAUUUUGUACAAGUUGAUGUUCCCCCGGUAUUUACCAUGAUUUAAUCCACAUUUCACUGCUUCUGAACCAUCAGUUCCUAUUAUUUAUCUCAAUGUUCAUCUAUCUGAGUAAGAAGAUCGCGAUACCGAACAACACAAAAAUCAACUGCCUGGCAUGGAGCAGCGAACAAGGGUGGAUUGGAGUGGGGGGUGAUGACGGCCUGUUGAAAGUUUUGAAACUUGAUCCAGGUAAAGAUGCCAAGGUGAAGGGUUUGGCAGCUCCAGCCAAUCUGUCCAUGAACCAAACACUGGAGGGACAUAAUGGCAAAAUACAGGUUAUCACGUGGAAUGAGCAACACCAAAAGCUUACCACCAGUGAUCAGAAUGGCCUCAUCAUUGUGUGGAUGUUGUACAAGGGCUCCUGGUACGAAGAAAUGAUAAAUAAUAGAAAUAAAUCAGUGGUGAAAGGCAUGGCUUGGAAUUCCGAUGGACAGAAAAUCUGUAUAGUUUAUGAGGACGGUGAGUAUGGAGCUCAGGAGCAUAAGAUGAAAGUGAACAUUGAAUGCGUGAUCAGUGCGCAUGCGCAGGUGGUUGGUCUGUGCUGGUACGACGGUCGUAACGGCUACAUCGAGGAAGAGUGUCCCUGUCUGGCCAUCUGCUUCAACACGGGUCAUGUGCAGAUUAUGCGCCGAGAGAAUGACGAUGCCCCCGUUCAGUUAGACACAGGGAUCAGUGCGACAUUCUGUGCGUGGAACCAUAAUGGCAGCAUCCUGGCCAUCACUGGAUCGACGAUGCUAACUGGAGACGACAAGGAGACAAACAUUAUCCAGUUCUUCACGCCUUUCGGAGAGUUGGUGCGCUCGCUGAAGGUGCCAGGUCGUUCGGUGUCGUCAUGCGCGUGGGAGGGAGGCUCACUCCGCGUGGCUCUGUCGGUCGACUCUUACAUCUACUUCGCCAACAUUCGGCCCAGCUACAAGUGGACAUACUUCUCCAACAGUGUGGUCGUCUACUCCUAUAACCGACCCUCGGCCGUCGGCACACACGUCACAUUCUGGGACACCAACAACAAAGAGUGUCAUCAUAAAACGGUGAGAGGUCUGCUGAGUGUGGCUUCCCAUAAGGACCACUGUGUGCUGGCGGUCAGAACUGAUGACUCAGCAAAUCCGUACGGACUACUUCUCUGCAACGCCAUUGCUACGCCUGUCGACUCAAAAUACAUGGACAUGGAACCGCUUUGGGUGGCAAUGAAUUCGAGUCACGUGUUUGCUGCUUCAAGGGAUAACUUCCUGCUCUGGCAUUAUGUCACUCCCAAAUCACACUCCACCCUAGGCAUUGCAGGAGCCAGACACAGAAAAGAGCGUCUCUAUCAUAUCGAUGAUACACCUUCUGGAGUUGCUGAAGUAAUACAAGAUUUGGACCGCUCGUUUCAACCUACCGUCAACACUCAGGCGACAAGUGACCCGAUCUGUUGCCUGGCGGCAAGCGACAAAGUGGUGCUUGUCGGUCGGGAGUCAGGUGUCAUACAGCGCUAUUCACUGCCACAGGUGGCGCUGGUUCAGCGUUACACUCACCAGUGUCGGCCGCAUCAGAUCGCAAUCAACUGCGACUCCACGCGAGCGUCAGUAGUGGAUGCGACGGGAGUGCUGACACUGGUCGACUUGGAGCCAGUGGGCGGGACAGGUGGUGGGGGUGGGGGCGGGGCGACCCAUUUGGAGCGCAAAGAUGUGUGGGCCAUGGUGUGGGCCUCAGACAACCCCCAACUGUUGGCCAUCAUGGAGAAGACGCGCAUGUACGUGUUGAGGGGUAACGAGCCUGAGGAGCCCAUCACCAGUGCUGGAUAUAUUUGCUAUUUCCACGACUUGGAGAUCAGAGCCGUGCUACUGGACGAGAUUGUGCAGCGUCCAGACCAGCCGUCGGUGGAGGAUCACAUUGUCGACCUGGAGGUGAAAUCGCUGCGUGACACCCGUCAGCUGCUCGACAAGGUCGGCUUAGCUGAGGCCACCACAUUCAUCGAGGAGAAUCCACAUCCAAGGCUCUGGCGGCUUCUAGCGGAAGCAGCCGUAAAGAAGCUGGACCUAGCGACUGGAGAGGCGGCGUUUGUCAGAUGUAGCGACUACGCAGGCAUCCAGCUGGUGAAGCGACUGUCGCAGGUCACCAGCGACCAGUUGAAGCGUGUCUUAGUCGCCGCCCACUUCAACGACUUCAACGAGGCCGAGCGACUCUAUCUCGAGUUGGAUCGCAGGGACUUGGCGAUUCAGCUGCGUCAGCAACUGGGCGACUGGUUCAGAGUGAUUCAGCUGAUGAAGAUGGGAGCCGGCAGCACUGACUCGCAGAUGGAAACUGCCUUCAACAAUAUCGGACAUCAUUUCGCCGAUACUAACAAUUGGUUGAGUGCUAAGGAAUACUAUGAGAAGGCGAAUAACGUGGAGAUGCUGAUGACGUCACUGCCUGAGAAGCACCCUCUACUGCCCCAGAUUGGCGAGAUAUUCGUGUCGGUCGGCAUGUGUCAUCAGGCCGUCAUCACUUAUGUCAAGAGUGGCUCACUACACUCGGCAGUGGAGGCUUGCGUGGACCUUCACCAGUGGGACUCUGCCGUGCGACUGGCUGAGAUGCACAACAUGCUGCCUGAGAUCGGCCGACUGCUGGACCGAUGUGCGGCCGACCUCCUCGCCAAGGGCCGCAUUCUGGAAGUGGUGCAACUCUAUCGCAAGGCGCAGCGCUACCUCGAUGCAGCCACACUCAUGUUCCAGCUGGCUGAUGAGCAAACAAAGAAAGGAGCCAAACCUCUGCGACUAAAAAAGCUGCAUGUGUUAGCUGCUCUUCUAGUUGAAGAGCAUAAUAAAUUGAAGAACAACCACAAUAUUCACUCAGACACCGCAACAAAGAGCCGCGCGUUAAUGGGUAGCUACGAAGUGGAGAGCAAUUCCACACUGGACCUGAAACUGAUAGACGCCGCGUGGCGGGGCGCUGAGGCCUAUCACUUUCUCAUGCUUUCUCAGAGGCAACUCUAUGAAGGUCAUGCCGAUGCGGCGAUGCAAACAGCGCUCUAUUUGAAGAACUACAGCGACAUUCUGAAUACAGAGGACAUCUACUGCCUGUUGGCUCUAGCCAGUUCGGCCUGUCGAGCAUUCGGCACCUGUUCGAGGGCGUUCAUGAGGCUGGAAAGCCUCGACAAUAUCCGGGAAUCUAAGAGAGAGGAGUACGCAGACAUUGCUAUUCAAAUAUUCACAAAGCAUGCCCCGCGUGACUUCCGAACCAACCAAGCAGAGUGCAGUUCGUGUGCUACGUUCAUCUCUCUCUGGACAGGUACAUGUGGUCGUUGUGAUACCAGAUACCCGGCAUGCAUAGCCACGGGACGGACAAUAACGGACGUCACUUCGGCGUGGUCCUGUCAAGCCUGUAUGCACAGUGCCUUCUACAAGGAGAUCAGCAAGUUCAGUAAUUGUCCGCUCUGUCACGUGCCUGUGCAACUCUAGCCAGCCGACCCCAAUUGCUCGAUUGGAAAGUGACCGGUUUUCCACUUCUUCAAACAACGGCAAACAUAUUUUAGAAAUCUAUAAAAUAAAAGUAUUUAUUAUUUUACAAAGGCGACUUUCUAGAAGUAUUUUAAGCCUAGGUGAUGAUGAUUGUAUGAAUGAUAAUACAAUGAAGGUAGAGUUAUGAAUGAAUCAAAAUUUAGGUUAUGCUAUCCACUUGAAUUGAUUUGAGUCCACUUUUCAGUCCAGAAAUAAAUAAACCCUUUUUUGAAAAGUUCUAAAUAUAAAAUAUCAAAUUAAAAACACAAAAAAUGGUACCAUGAUGUUAUUUUAUAAUAAGAUAAGUAACCCUGAAUACAUACAUCUUCUAUAAAAUAAAUUCAAUAUUUAAAGUGCCUCUUUGAUAAGUGGUUAGAAUGUGACUGCUCAUUAGCGUGACCUUUUCAAUGUUCUAUUUCUAUUCAGCUAUUUUGCGUUCAACUAUUAUUCGUAGCUUCAUUAUGUUUGUUAAUUCUCUGUCAGUUUCUUAUCUUUACAAUAUUCAUAUUUAUUGUGUUACUUCAUUUGUAAUUUAUUGAACAAUUUCUGUAAUUGUAUGGCAUGAGCUCAAAGUAAGUUAUAUGAUGAAAUGUAGGAGUUUGCUAAAUGAUAUCUAAUUGUCUUGAUAAAUGAAAUGAAAUUUUUUCUAUUGACCAUUGUAUUUUGUAAAAUGAAGUGAAUUUCCAAUUGAAUACCAAAGGAAAUAACAUUUAUUAUUAUUGUUGUUAUUAUACUGUAGCAAGUUGAUAAAAUGUGUGUUCUGUAAAGUUGAAUGAAACAUAUCUGGAAUAUAUACCCUA